AUGCCUGACAUGUUUCCUCAGUUGCAAAUUGGUCUAUUGGGUCCUCUUCAGCUUGUGUCUCGACUUACAUCUCAACCUGAUACAAGUGAAGGACUGCCUUCAGAAUACUUGGUUGAACUUGUGAAUCGCUUCCAUGAUGAUGGCUUAGAUAAUAUUCUUGGUCCUGCCAUGGUUGCCAUUUCAAGCCAAGUUCGUACGCAAGACAUCUUGGGCGAAUACAAGACAGCUAUUCAAUCAUUCACUUAUUUAUCUGAAAACAAAUCUAUUGCAGCUAUGCUUGCAACAUUAGAUGAAUUCAAUCCUACAAACGCUUCAGCCAAGAAUAUAGAAGAUGUAUCAUUGCUUGGUCCUUUCUUUAAGCUCAGUGCUUAUCCUGAUAGUUCUUCCAAAGUGAUUGAUUCUUACUUUCAAAAUUCAGAAAAUAGAAAUUUAGGUGAUUUGAAUUCAUGCAAAAAUGGUCUUCGAGGCAGUGUUCAAAAUAUUCAGAGAGCCAUGUUUGGUAUUUGUAACUCGAUUGUCAGAGCAGACGCAGGCUCAAGAAAUCAACUAUUGUCCUAUUUUGGACACAUUAUCAAGCUGAAUGAAAAGAGAGCACAAAUGCAAGUUGAUACUCAGACAGUAUCUUCUGAUGGAUUUAUGCAAAAUAUUGCAGCAGUUCUCUUGACUUUCUGUGAUCCAUUUUUGGAUGUACGUGCAUCCAAGAUUGACAAGAUCGAUCCUACUUUCUUCCGUACUAGCAAGCGAUUGGAUGUAUCGGAAGAUACCAAAAUCAAUGCCACAAAAGAACAAUCAGAUGCUUAUUAUAGCCAAGUACAAGAACUCAAGAAUCAUAACUUUAUUACCGAGACAUUUUUCAUGACAUUGGCAUUUAUGCACUAUGGUCCUAUUCGUGCCUUUGUCAAUUUCAAUGAAUUCAUUCGUGAAUAUACUGAAACGAGAAAGCAAACUGAAAGAGCCCAACAAGAUGCUAUCCGUACAGCCAAUACUCCUCAAGGUGUCAUGAGUGAUUUUGUUGCUAAACGAAUGAAGGCUAAAUUGGACCAAAUGGCAUCUUUCCGUUUAGCUUAUGAAACGAUGCUAUUAGAUCCUGUCUUUUUAACAGAAGCCUUGCGAUUUUAUGAUCUAGUCAUGGCUUGGUUAGUUCGUAUUGUAGAUCCCAUGCACCAACAUCCUUGGAAAAAGGUCCAAUUGCCUAUACCUAAACAAGUUCCUGACGUGUUUGCGAUGUUGCCUGAAUGGAUCAUUGAAGAUAUCGUAGAAAUCUUUAUUUUUAUUGGAAAGUAUGGUUAUGAAACAAAUGUGAUGAGAGAACAUCCUCAUGAUGAACUUGUCACUUUUAUCAUUACUUUCUUGAGAAAUGCAAAUUAUGUCAAGAAUCCUUAUUUAAAGGCUAAACUAGUAGAAAUCUUGUUCUUCUUUACUUAUCCUAUUGCAAGGGGUGUACCUGGUGAAUUAGAGAAUAUUCUCAACUCGCAUCCUUUGGCAUUACAACAUUUGGUGCCUUCUUUAAUGAACUUUUAUGUUGAGGUUGAACAAACGGGUGCUAGUUCUCAGUUCUAUGACAAGUUCAACAUUCGUUAUAACAUCAGUCACAUCAUGAAGACAAUUUGGAGUCAUCCUGCUCAUCGAGCCAAAUUAAGAGAAGAAAGCCAGAAUUCUGGCAAUUUUACUCGUUUUGUCAACAUGUUGAUGAGUGAUGUGACUUACCUUAUGGACGAGAGUCUAAGCAAACUUACUGAAAUCCAUCAAAUCCAAUUAGAAAUGAGUGAUCAAGCAACAUGGGAAGCUCAGACACCUCAACAUCGUCAAGAACGAGAAGGAAGUUUACCUUCACUUGAAAGACAAGCACAAUCGUAUGUUGCCCUUGGGAAUGAAACAGUCCAUAUGCUCAAGUACAUGUCAUCCGAAGUUGUUCAACCUUUCUUGGUCAAUGAAAUUGUAGAUCGUUUAGCUGCCAUGUUGGAUUACAACCUUGUUCAACUGGUUGGACCCAAAUGCACAGAACUCAAAGUGUCCCAUCCCGAGAAAUAUCAUUUCCAACCACGAAAACUCUUGUCAGAAAUCAUUGACAUUUAUCUCAACUUGAAUUCAGAUGUCUUUGUUCAGGCUGUGGCUCGAGAUGGUCGAUCUUACCGUAAAGAAUAUUUUUCUAAGGCAGCUUCUAUUUUGCAGAAACACAACAUCAAAUCUGUGGAUGACAUUCAUGCACUUGAAAAGUUUGUCCAUCGUGUCGAAUUGGCUAUUCAAAGCGGAGUUGAAGAAGAAGAGGAAUUGGGUGAAGUGCCUGAUGAAUUCUUAGAUCCAAUCUUCUUUACAUUGAUGGAAGAUCCUGUUCUUUUGCCUACGUCCAGUGUCAUUGUUGAUCGUAGUACGAUUACUGCUCAUUUGCUGGGUGACACACGAGAUCCAUUUAAUCGCAAACCAUUGUCUAUGGAUAUGAAAAUUGCUGACUGGAAAGCAGAUCAAAAGAGUAAAAAAACGUUGCAAGCUAUGGAUAUAUCCCCAUAA